GGAGGAGGUGAUUUUUUUUAAAGGAGUUGGCAGGAAGCUGGGCUGGCUCCUUCAUUCGCAGGCUGGGCUCACCCUGAGUAGGAGCGGCCGGAGCCCGCCGGGGACUGGCCGGGCGGACAUCCCCAUUGUUACCGGUGCUGGGCGCACUCCCGCGGGGGCGAGCGGACAGAAGCGGGGCGCCGGGAGAGCCGCAGCCGCACGCACCGACAUGGGCGCGGGCAGCUCGGCGGAGCAGCCGAGUCCGCAGGACGCGCCCACUGCAGCAGCGGAGUCCGAGCCCGCCAGUCCGGAGGCGGCGGCGGCGCCGCUUGAGGAGCCCGAGGACCCCGCCAAGCUUUUACAGAAGAAUGGACAGAUAUCCAACAUUAAUGGUAUAGCAGAAGAGCAAGUGGAGCUGAACCUCCAGCCAGGGGAGCUAAAGGGACAGCAGAGAGAAGCAGUUGUAACAGAUGUUGGACAAAGAGAACCUGCGAAUGUGAUUGUAAAAGAAGAGCUAGCUGAAAACAUGGAAGCCAUGCCACCAGAAUCAACUGAUAAGGAUGGUGUGGAAGAUGGACAGAAAGAUGUUCAAGAAGCUAAUGAACAGUUGCCACCAGAGGAAGAAAAAGUAGAAGAGCUAGAACAGCCCAGUGAAUCUCAGUCUAAUGAUGUCGGAUUUAAAAAAGUUUUUAAAUUUGUUGGUUUCAAGUUUACUGUUAAAAAAGAUAAGACUGAAAAGUCUGAACCUGUUCAGCUACUGACUGUAAAAAAAGAGGAAGAAGAAGUGGCAGCAAAUGGAGCUGGAGAUCAUAAAGAAGUCAAGAUAGAAACAGUGGAGGAAGCAACAGAAAGUGAAGUGACCCACCCUGCAGAAAAAAUUGAAGAAGAACCGAAAAGUGAGGAAAGGAAAGAUGAAUCUCUUCCUGAAAAGGUAGCAGAAAGCCCAAGUGAGGAAGCUGAAGGAAACAAAGAGGCAGAAGGAAAAAAAGAACCUAGCAAGUCACCAGAGUCUCCAACAAAUGGAUUAGUUAAUGAAACCGCAUCACCACUAAGAAAAUUCUUUACUCAGGGUUGGGCUGGGUUUAGGAAAAAGACAAGUUUUAGGAAACCUAAAGAGGAUGAGCAGCAGGCUCCUGAGAAAGAAAAGGAAGAGCAAGAAAGGGAAGUGGCAGAGAUCCCAGUAGAAGCAAGUGAGAAGGAGAAAACUGAGAAAGAAAAGGAAGAGCAAGAAAGGGAAGUGGCAGAGAUCCCAGUAGAAGCAAGUGAGAAGGAGAAAACUGAGAAAGAAAAGGAAGAUCAAGAAAGGGAAGUGGCAGAGAUCCCAGUAGAAGCAAGUUUGAAGGAGGAAGUUGUUAUUCCUUCUGAACAGUCACUUCCACAAGAGACAGCUGAAAGUGUAAACAAGGAAUCUGAACUGUCCCUUGAAGAAAAAGUAGACCUAUCCCCUGAAGAAAAAUCAAAACCAGUGAAAGAAUGUAAAAUAUCCUUAGAAGAAAAAGUUGAAAUACACUUUGAAGAGAAAUCUGAACUACCAGGUCCCAUGACCAUGGAAAUAUUUGGUGAAAAAUUAGAAAAAUCUAAAGGCAGAUCUAAAGAAGAAUAUGAACCUGUAUCUCCAAAGACAGCAGAAGUAUUUGGUGAAAAAAUUGAGAAAUCUGAACCAAAAGCUCCACUGGCAACUGAAAUCUUUGAUGAAAAGUUAGAGACAGAGGAAGAAGUUCAUGUUAGCACUUCAGAAGAGAAAGAGGUAAAGAUAGAACAGAUGCCCUCCUCAGCUUCUGAACAAUCAGUUGAAGGAGAUGGUGAGCUACAAAGAAUUCAACCCACUGAGGAACAAAUACAAGCCAAAGAAACAGUAUGCAUAGUAGUAGACGACCACAUCAAGCAAACAGAACCAAGCGCUGAAGAUGCAGCUGCAUGUAAGCCUCCAGACGGCAUCACAACUGAGGUUGAACUGUUGUCAUCACAAGAAAGAGCCAAAGUGCAAGGCAGCCCCUUAAAGAAACUUUUUACAGGGACUGGCUUAAAGAAGCUUUCUGGAAAGAAGCAUAAAGGAAAGAGAGAAGAAACUAAGCCAGGGGAACAAGCAGAACAAAUUCAACAUUUAGCUGAUUCCCCAGAAAGUCCAGAAGAACAAAAGGCAGAGAGCUCUGCCUCUUCACCUGAAGAAUCAACAGAGCCUCCUUCUGUGGAGAAAGCCAUAGAUGCAACGCGGGUCACUGAAACCGAAGGAGUAAUUUCAGAUGUAGAGAGGAAAAGAGAGUGUGUAACUCCUUGGGCAUCAUUUAAAAAGAUGGUGACUCCCAAGAAACGUGUCAGAAGGCCUUCUGAAAGUGACAAAGAAGAAGAAAUUGAUAAGGCAAAGAGUGCUACCUUGUCUUCUACUGAAAGUGCAGUCUCUGAAAAUCAGGAAGAAACUAAAGUAAAUGGUGAGGAGCAAAAGCUAGAAAAAAGCAUAGAAGAGCCGAAACGAAAGGUUGAUACUUCUGUAUCAUGGGAAGCCUUAAUUUGUGUAGGCUCCUCUAAGAAAAGAGCUAGGAAAUCGUCCUCUUCUGAUGAGGAAGUAGGACAGAGGCUUGCUCAAGAAGGCCAAAAAAUAGAUGAAGUUGGCCAAAGCAAAGAAACUGCACCAGACAUGAUCCUAACUAGUUCCCAAGAAAGUGAUCAAGGACAAGGAAGUUCCUCACCAGAACAAGCUGGGAGUCCAUCUGAAGGAGAGGGUGUUUCAACCUGGGAAUCAUUUAAAAGGCUAGUCACUCCAAGAAGAAAAUCCAAAACCAAAAUGGAAGAGAGAACUGAAGAAUCUGUGUUAGUUUCCAGCAUAGAACAUUCUACUUCAGAUGGCGAACCUGGAAAAGAAGAAACAUGGGUUUCAUUAAAAAAAUUAAUACCUGGUCGUCGGAAGAAAAAGUCAGAUGGGAAGCCAGAACAAGCUUGUGUUGAGGAAGCUGGAGAAGAGAUGACAGAAACCAAUGAAGAAGACUCUGAUGUUCCAGCUGUUGUUCCUUUAUCUGAGUACGAAGCAGCUGAACAAGAGAAAAUUGAGGCCCAACAAGCAACACAAGCUGAGGCAAUAAGGGAAGAAACUUUAGAUGAAAAGAGAGCUGAAAAAUUAGAAGAUACCUUAAUUAUUGAGCAAUCUAAUGAAGGACUGGUUCAUGCAGUUACUGUGACUGUUGUAGAGGGAGAGAGAGCAGUUACCAGUAUUGAAGAAAGGUCACCAUCUUGGAUAUCUGCUACUGUGACAGAGUCCAUUGAACAGGAAAAAGAUGAUGAAGAACAAACUGAGCAGAUAUUUGAAACUGAAGUUGUUGUAGAAAAGACAGUGGUGGUUACUAAAACUUUGCCAGAGUUGAGAAAGGAUAUUAGUGAUGAUACUAUAGUAAGUGAGCUGGAGUUAACCUCAGAAGCAUUGACAGCACUGGAAGAGGCAACAGAAGUUUCCUGUGGUGAAGAAGCCACAGAAGUGUCCCUUGCAGAGGAGACGACUGAGAUGGUUUCUGCUGUGUCACAGUUAACUGAAUCCCCAGAUACUACAGAAGAAGUUACACCUGUGCAAGAGCUAGAAGGGACUGAGCAAAAUUUAGAAGAAUUAAAUAAACAAACACAGGAUAUUCUAGAGGAAGUUGUAGAAAGAGUGAAGCUAUCAGAUGAAGUACAGAUGAUUAGUGAAAGAACUGUGACAGUCAUUCAGUCAGUGCAGAAAAUUGGAUCUGAAAUGAAAGAUGAAGCUAAUGAAGUUACAGUCAUAUGCAAAGAAACUGUGUUGGUUGAACAGUCCUUAAAGAAAGAAGAACCUAAAGAGGCUGACAUUCAACAUAUGGAAAGUGCAGGAAGUGUUCAAGGUAGAAAUGAAGCUGACGAAAGUGUUCUACAGGAAGUGUCAGAGAUGAGUGAAAAGUGUGCAGUGAUGAAGGAACACACAGAAGAAGCUAAAAGUCUGGAUAGAUUGGCAGAUGAAAGUCAGUGGCAAGAAACUGAACAAUCAUUUAUAGAAAGACAUGAAGAAACAUCUGAAGUAGAAGGGAUUCUAGAGAAAUGUAAAUUGAAAGAGGAGGAAUUUUACAGUGGUGUCACAAAAACUACCAAGGCAGAGCAUGAAGUGAAAGCUGAGUAUGUUACAGUAGUAAAACAACAAGAAAUUUCAACUGAAGAGGCCAAAGUGAAUUUAAUAGAAAUAAUUCCAGGUGAAAUCACAGAUGAAGGUGCUCCAGAAGUGGAUGGAUCUGAAAGUGAAACACAUGAAGCAAAGCUUGAGUUGUCCCAGGAAUUUAAGCAAGUGGUGGACAUGGUGCCUAACUUAGAAUCAAAAUGCAUGAAAGUAACUGUAACAGAAGCCCCUUUGCAGAGUGAGGCAGAAGAUGCCAUGCUCACUUUGGAAUCAAAACAUUCAGAAGCAACUGCAGCUCAGUCCCCCAUACCGAGUGAGGGGACUGACAUCCCAAUGCAGAGUGAAAGGGAACAUGCCAGGGAGGCCUUAGAACCAAGAAGCACAGAAGCACUUGUAGAUGAGUCCCCUGUGCAGAGUGGGGUAACUGAGGCUCCUGUGAAGAGAGAGGUAGAAGAUGCUGUGCUUAUCGUAGAAUCAGAAUGCACUGAAGCAGUUGCAGCUGAAGCUCCAGUGCAGAGUGAUGUGACUGAGGCUUCUGUGCAAAGUGAGGGGCAAGAUGCUAUGCUUAGCUUGGAAUCAAAGGGCACUGAGGCCACUGUACAGAGGGAGGUGACUGAGGCCACCAUGCAGAGUGAGGUGGAAGGAAUUGCUACUGAGGGGGUGAUGCAGAGUGAGGUAACUGAGGCUCCUGUGAAGAAAGAGAUGGAAGAUGCUGUGCUUAUCUUAGAAUCAGAAUGCACUGAAACAGUUUCAUCUGAGGCUCCAAUGCAGAGGGAUGUGUCUGAGGCCGCUGUGCAGAGUGGGGUGGAAGAUGCCGCGCAUAUUGUAGAAAAAGAAUGCACAGAAGCACUGGCAAGUGAGGUGCAAGAUGCCGUACUUCUCUUGGAAUCAGAAUGCACAGAAACAAUUGCUGCUGAGGCCACUGUGCAGAGUGAGGUAACUGAGGAGGCCACAGUGCAGAAUGAGGUGGAAGAAAUUGCCCCUACAGCCAAAGUGCAGAACGAGGUGGACGAUUCCAUGCUUACCUUAGAAUCAAAAUGCACAGAAAUCACUGCUCUAGAGACCACCAUGAAGAGCGAGGGAACUGAGAUUCCUAUGCAGAGUGAGAUGGAAGAUGCCCUGCUUUCCUUAGAAUCAAAAUGCACAGACGCAAUUGUAACUGGGGAUGCCGUGCAGAGUGGGGUAACUGAGGCACCUGUGAAGAGAGAGGUAGAAGAUGCUGCGCUUACCUUAUUAUCAGAACGCACUGAAGCAGUUGCAGCUGAAGCUCCCAUGCAGAAUGAUGUAGAAGAUGCCCCGUCUAAAUUAGAAUCAGAAUACCCGGGGGCAGUUGUAAAUGGGACCCCUCUACAGAGUCCUAAAGAACUGCCUGUGUAUGGAAAGGGAGAUAAAGAGGAGCCCAUGGAAGCAAAACAAAUACUUCUGCUGCCUGCUACAAGUUCAAAUGACAAUCAGCGAGAGGAAACCAAGUUUGAGCUAAUGAUGGAAGUUGAAAAAGAUUUGUUUGAAUCUGGAAAAUUGGAACUUGCAAGUGGUGAUAAACUUUAUUUGACUCCAGUGCAGCAAGAGAUUUUAGCUGUGCAGCUGGAAGAUACUGGCUCACCCAUUCCUAGUGUUGAAAGCUCGGAGGCUCAGAAAGCAUCUGUGCCUGUAACAGCUGCAGCAAUUGAAGAACAAAUCAUUGCAGAAACUGUAACAUCUAUGGAAAGCUCAGCUGAAAUUUUGAAGCCUUUAGCAGCAGUGCCUGAAAAACUCUUUUCUGAUCUAGUCCAAGAUAUUACCAUUGCUCAUUCAGGAUUUGGGGCUGCGGCCGGUAGGAGUGAAGAAACUGCAACAAUCUCAGUAUCAGAGAUGACCGCUGCAACCGUGAAUGGAAUGACUGAGGCAGCAACAAGCUGUACACAACCUGAUUUGGUCAAAAAAGAUUACGUGGAUGACGCAGCACAGGGAAAGGAGCAACAGAAGCCAGAGUGUAGGGAAGAAGCUGAGAAAAAAACAGUUUCUCAAGAUAAAAAAAGCCCAUCUCUAACCCACAUAGAAUUCGAAAAAGAUAUUGUUCAGUCUGUCACUAUAGAAUCUCAGAGUACAAAAAUUGUAUUAAAGAUCAUUCAGACUGCUGUUGACAAACUUGAGAGAACAGAAGAGCCAGCUGCUGUGUGCAUGGCAUCUGAAUCACAGCAGCAGAUUGAAUCAGCAGACGGAAGUCAAAAAGAUAUAAAUAUAUCUGAAGUUCAGGAAAGUGUACAGGCUCAUCAGCAGCUUCUUGUAAAAGGUGAAAAGACAAUAGAGGGUAAAGAACAAGAGUUCCAGCAACCAAGUACAGUCAAACAUACUAUUUUAACACAGUCUGCAGAGAAACAAGCUACUCUAGAACAAACAGAAGAUGUGCCAUUAAUUUCUGAUUUGUCAAAAGAGGGUGAAAUUCAGGAUUCAGGAAAGAUUGUAGCUGUCCCUGAAGGUGUUUCAAGUGAAAGUUUAGGGGCUCAAAAAUCAGCGAUAGAUAUGAGUGUUUCAGAAGACUUAUCCAAAGAGACAAGAACAGACCAACCAAAGCUAAAGGAAAAAGAAGCCGGGCAGACUGUGGCCACCCAAGAGAAAUAUAUGGUUCAGCAAACACAUAUAGAAAGGAAGGAAGACAAACAUAGCCAACCAGUGGAAGACAUGAAGAGACACACAGCGGAAGAUGUAAAUAAUCAAGAAUAUGCAUCUUGUGGGAGUCCACAGUCAAAGUCAGAGCUCACCAAAUCUUGAGGCCCAAUCCAUUCUGUUAAAUGUGUGUGUUACAUUUGGAGAUACCAGAAUGUGAAGAAGGAAAGAGCAGAAAGUGGAACCUGCUGAUUGGUCUGUAGACCAAUGUUUCUGAAUUGUGAGAUUAGACCAUCAAUAGCUGAUGUCAUUCCUUGAGAGCAGCUGACAAUCCUGAGGCAAUAUCAGGAGCUUUAGUCAUCACCCUCUACUCUUGGAUGUUAACACUUCCUCUUUUCAAGACUUCUGUAUUUUUGUUUGAUGAAAUGAUUGAAAAAAAGUGAUGUCUUUGAUUUAAAUGAUUUCCAUAGCCUAUUGGCAAUGCCCAGUUUCUAUUGUUCCAGAUUUCCCCCUUCUAACAUGCUUCCAAAACUGGAGUGUAAUUCUUGGUGUAUUUAUAUGUAUAUCAUAAACCCAGUUCUGAUUUUAAUGUAUAUUUUCUCUAUCUUAUGUUAAAAAUACAAAAUGAUAUACAUUUGCAUCACUAUAUGAGACUAAGUGCAUGUGACCAUGGUGAAGCACUGUGUGUGAGCUACAGCUGGCCACAAAUGAUCUUCAUGAAAUUUAGGCAGGUUUUCCACGCAGUGGAAGGGUGUAAGAACUGAUAUUUAAGGCAUUAUUCUAGUUGUUGUUACUGCUUCCAUAAAAGAACAUUCAUGAUCGAAAGGUACAAUUACUAUUUGGAAACCUACUGAUGGAAAUUAUUAGGCAGAAGUUAAUUUUGCAUCACUUCCUCUAUAGGAAGUGCACUAUAAUUUUAUUGAAAACAUUUAAAGCUCACUUUAUUGCAAUUUGAUUUUUCUGACAGCACCUGGUGGAAGCUGGACGUCCUUAAGAGUUACACAUUUAUCCAUUUCAAAUUGUUGAGCAACCUUGAAAUGGCGAUUUCAAGAAAUUAUUGUGCUUAAAUCUCUGAGACAAAAUAUUUCAGCUUUAUGAAGAAAAGGAUUAACUGUUCUUAUUUUUGCAUUCUAAUGUUACCCCCCUUGUCUCCUGGACCACACAAGUGCCAUGAAAUGAGACAUGUUCUUUUUAAAAAAAUAUUUUGAUAGAUACUGGAUUAUGUCCGCUCCAUAUUUAUGCCCACUUCUUUCAGAACAGUGUGUUUCAUUAUGCUCAUGUACAUUUGGCAGAUUGUGAUUUCUGAAAAUGAUUUAAAUAAAAUCUUUGCUUAUACUUAGCUCUGUUGGUUUUAAUUAAGACUUGGCAAACCUGGAACAAAAUAUUUCCCAAUUUUGUCAGGUAUAAAGUUACAAGUAUAGAUCAGUGCAUUCGUAAAACUGGGCAGGCUUGAAAUAUUAAAUAACUGGUAACUGAACAAUUAUUAAAUGUCUAAAGUAUUCUGUAAUCGACCUUCUAGGCACAGAACAAGCAUGGUGGGUCGUCAGUAGUUUUAGAUCUGGUUUCUAAAAUAAAUGUUAUACGUUGCACUUUGUGAACUUCACACCAUUCUGGUUGAGCAAGAUGUUGACCAAUAACUUCAUUAUCCUAUCUGUAUAGUAAUUUAUUUUAAAAUGAACUGUUUCUAUUAGUGUACCAAAUGUUCUUGUUACGGCAGGUGCCUCCCACUCUCUGGGGCUGCACAGUGUGCAAGCAAAGAAAUGUGAUGGAUUACACUGUUGUGAUUGCACCAUCUGGUGGUGGUUUUCUGCAACUUGCAGCUUGUUACUCAGAAAAAGUAUGUUAGUCGACAAAUUCACCUCUGGCAAGCAGAUAUGGGUUUCUCCUGAAAUGUGUAUAAAACAACACAUCUUGCACAGCAUCUGCUAACAAAAUAUGGCCAUGUCUACACUUGCAAGCUUACAAUGGCACAGCUGUACCAAUACAGCUAUGCUGCUAUAAGAUUGCUCGUGUAGCCGCAUUGGGCCUAUGGGGGAGAGCUCUCCCGUUGACCGAAAACCAGCUCAACGAGUGGCAGUAGCUAUGUCGGCGGGACAUAGUGCUGUGUACCCAAGCGUUUAUGCUGGCAAAACUUCUGUUGCUCAGGGGUCUGGGUUUUUUUCACACCCCUGAGCGUCAAAAGUUUUGCCGACGUAAGUGCCAGGGUAGACAUGGCCUUAGUCUUGAGCCGAAUCCUUGUGCUGUAACCGGAUCCUUGUGCUGUAAUUGCUAAAUGAGAAUUCCAAAUAUCAGGUGGUUGGUUUAUGCCAAGUACAGUGGGACUAUGCUCAAAGGAUCUCAUGACAACGUAUUGGAGCAGGGAGCUAUUGGUCAUCAGGAGUUAGUAACACAGAAAGUAAUUUCUGCAGAAAUAUCUAGUUAUGUGAAGUGUUUAUAGCUAUCUUCUGGACAUUAGGGUACAUGAGAAAAUGGAGGGUUGAAUGGAUUUUUGUUUAAAAGAUUAGUUUUACUUUUCUUCAUUUUUACCAUCUUUCCCCUCACCCCCUUGCUACUCUCUGUAACAGCACUCAAAGUGCUUAGCCCAGGAACUCUGUUUAAAACAAAAAAAAACCAACACACAUUUAAUUAUCUGCUAAAAUUUCUCUGAAAGUCUGUCUUUUUUUAUUUUUUUUUUCUUUUUCCCCUUGAAGGUUUUAACUGUAGUUGAAUAUCACUUCAAUCCUAAAAUUGGGAAACUGUUCUGAGUUAAGAGCAGGUCUUUAGUAACUUGUACUACAGGCAGAUGAUGCUGCAGUAAAAAAUUUAACCUAGGACACCUUAACCCUAAAGAACAACCUAGUGCUCAGAACCUUUGAAUCCCUUCUUUCAGCUCACUCAUAUUUUAACAGACGUUAGUCAUGCAUGUGAGACUCGAGGCUUCAUAUAAAUGUUUCUCCAAGACACUUUGAUACUGAACUUAAAAUGAAUUAGGAUCUUCACUCUUUACCUGACAUAAUGCACAUGCAUGCACACACACUGUGUGUGUAUAACAGUGAAAGGAGAGGCUGGAAUAAUUAACAGAUAUGACUCUGGGGAUGCACAGAAAAAAGCAGUGUCUUUUAGCUGUCUAAAAAAAGUCAAUAUUCUCCUACAAAGAACAUGGCAGGAAGGGCCUUAUUUUUGGCCCAAUUAUAAAUGACGCCAAUCUGCAUUGUCACCAGUGCAACUUGCCAGAGUACUCCCAUGAGUGCAGAAUACAAAGAUUUUUCUUAACUCACAGAAAAAUAUAUAAAAGUUUAAAGUUGAGAAAUGUGAUAUCAAACAAUCCAGUCUCUUUCCUCAGUGGCAGCUUUCCCCCUUAUCUUUGGGCAUGAAUUACAAAAGUAAUUCUGACAAUAGCUGUCAGUUCCCAGAGGUUGCGUUAUUUGUGCUUUUUGUAACACCAUGCAAAUGUGAAAUCAGUUAAGUUUGUACAAAAUUAUAUACCCAUGUAUGUUAAGCCAUAUUGCAAUAACUGCAACAGGUAAAACAAUAACAAUAGCAUGACCUGUGUAAUCCUGAGUCUAACAUUUGUAGUUCCAAAGCUGUUAAUAAUAUGUAAAGUUAUUUCUUGUCUAAACAUCAUUUAAAGAAAGCUAGCUUUUAUCAAAAUGUAAAUUGUCUGUUGGUAGAAGCUGAGAAGCAAGUGCUUAAAUCUUGCUUGUUUUUUAUAUUAAUCCUGGGUCUAGCUAAGCAAUGCAACAAAUGUUAACUGUAUAACCAAUGUUUCUUCUUGUAACAGACAUCUAUAAAAUAUGGCACCAUUAAGACCUUCCUAAUGAUGCAAGGAACAUAUCUCUACAUCCAGAUACUACUUUCUUCCAGCGUAUUGCUUUGGCCCCUGAAAUACUCCAGGCUGCAACCUGUAGCUUGUGCUUAAACUCCAAGCUUGCAGCUUCCUCUAAUCCAAUGUACUGGGUUAAAAAAAAUGUUGAUUUUCUAUUUUCUGUUUUUAAGGUAGAUUUUCACUGACUAAAUAAAGUACAACCACAAGUUCA